AUGUCUGUGAGAAGUGAGCCUCGCCCUCUCAGGGAGCGCUACACUGAGGGGGAGCGUGAGGAGCAGCUCAAAAGCCUGCUGCCCAAGCCAUCCAACCUCAAACCGGAAGACUUCAGGAAGGCCUUAGGGCUGAGUCAAGCUCAAUUCGAAGAUGUCGAAUCUAUUAUCAAUCUGGCGUUCGAGGACUCUGGCCUCUCCGAGUUUGAAUCACUCAAAGACCCCGAUGCCAUGAUCAGGUUGAACGCAGCGGCUCUCGAGCCGGUCAGGACCUUGAAGACGAUUCUCGCUGAUGUGCCAGAAUGGUUCACCCUCGUCUGGUGCACCCGAAUCAUCGAAUACCUCCACCAAAAAAGGCUCAAGAAGCUGGCCAAGGAGAGAGAGGAGAUACGACUGGGCAAGAAGCCCGAUUCAGUUAUCCCGUCUGGCAUGAGACCUUCGAAUCCCGGAGCGGCGACCCUGCCGAACAUGACCUUCGAGCUGAUCAUGGAGCGCAAUCAGAAGGGGAGCAGGUUGUAUGUCGAAGAGCUAGCUGCCUCACGAUUCCUCGAAGCGGGCAAACCCGUGAACCAGUCAUCCAGCUACUCGUUGAAGAGCUUCAUUCGCGAAUUCGAGGAGAUCAUCAACCAGACCCGCGAGUCGCCUCUCAGACUUGGUCAUGGGGCCCUCGGGUAUCGCACCAAAGCGGGUAUUUUCAAACCGAUUUCCAAACAGCAUCAUUUCGAAGUUGCAAUCAACGAUCUGUUCAAUAACCGAGGAGGAGCGUAUAAGCUGAAGUUCCAUCAUCGCGAGGAGAACAACAAGGAGAGAAGUAGUCGGAUAGCGGCUGCUGCUGCUGCUCGGAGACUUAAAGAUGGGCAGAAGGAACAGAGUCCUGCUGCUCAGAGACUCAAAGAUGGAGCAAAGGAACAGAGCCCUGCCACCCAUAGAUCCAAAGAUGGGAAGAAAGAAUCGAAUGGACCGAAAGAGCAGAGUCCUGCUGCUCAGAGACUCAGAAAUGAGCCGAAGGAACAGAGCCCGGCUGCUCAGAGACUCAAAGAUGGACCGAAAGAACAGAGCCCUGCUGCUGGUGGCUUAAAAGUACCCAAGGAAGCUGUAAAACAAGGCCAGAGCAAGUCGAGAGAAAAUUCGGCUAGUCGCUCGCCGGCCACCCACAGAGGGAGAAGUCCAGGACCAAAAGCAACAAAUUGGUCACCACCUCCGACACCUUCACCCAACCGUCCACUACCUCCAAUACCCAGCCGAACAGUGAAAAAAGAUGAAUCUGUUGACAGAGAAGCUGCUCGUAAGCGAGAAGGAAGUGGGGUCAGAGACGUCAAGGGAGAAGCAGAAAAUGUCACAACUAAAGCGAGUCAGUCAGACCCUCGACUGUCUGACAGAACCGAAAAGCCACUGCCACCAUUGCCUACCUCGUCUCGGCCGUCGUCUAGAGCUCCUAGAGCCUCGUCCAACCUCACUCCAACGUCAUCUAGGCCGACGUCUCGAACCCGGAAACCAUCACCGGCGGCUACAGGGCCCCGACACCAGCCAGGUCCACUCGUCGCAGCAGUAAAGCCGUCGAGAGACUAUACACCACCCCCCAUUUCCCGGGCAUCUCAGGAGGCCUGGCGGCGGGGGAACAAACUGAACCCUUCUGCCACUGCCGGCGGUCAAGGCUCUCGUAACGUAUCGCCGGCGUCCACCUCGUCCGUGACGAGUAGCAUCAGGAGAGGCGCAACCAGCCGACCAGGAAUGCAUGUACCUACAGCAGCCCCAACGUCGCUACCGCCAUCUUCGCUACGGCCAUCCUCGCCGCCAUCAGCCCCAGUCAAGCCAGCGGCGGCAACAGGAAAUCCAGUGAUAGUAGUCCCAAGGUCGGAUCCGGUCAGUCGCUUCAGCGAUUCUGACGACUCCAUCUCGCUUUCCAAUCUCCCAACAAACGGGCCAAAGUCGACGACGCCACCGAAACAGCGAAAGAAAGAUACGGAGCGGAGAUUGAAAUUGAUGGAGGAGCCGCCGUCAACACCAAGAGAAGCUGUGAAGCGGGCCGUUGCCAAGGCCAUCGUCCCCUUGGGUCAUGGUGUUAUCUCCGUCGGCCGGCGGGCAUCGCGUGUCUUGGAGAUGAUUUCACCCCCGAGCCCAAGUAAGGCGGCACCAGAGUACCAGACUGACUCGCCUAGGAAUCCCCUCUUUCGGACCAUCAGUCGGGUGUCGACUGGUCUGAAGGAUACCACGGUUGGUCUUGGGCCGUCGACGAGGAAGACGCUGGGAAUUGCGAAGCCCCGGAUCUUCAGCGGAUCUAAGGUUGAUAGGUGGGCGCAGCAGGAUCUUGAAUUUGAGGGCAAGGGCAAGGUGGUUACAUUCCAUACGUAUCGACGAGGAGGUGAUGAGUACAUGGAUGAUAAAGCGGACCUGUUUAAGGAGAUGGAAAAGGAGAUUCGGCCUGGAGAGGCUGAUGAUCCAGGCGACAUUCGCGAGGAACUGGACGAAGAUGAGCCGGUGGCUACUCGGGGAGAGUAUAUGGUACAGCAGUUACAAAAAAUGCAAAACAUGCCGGAGCUAGCGCAAAUGUACGACCACGACUUUACCUUUCCAUUCCCAGAGAGCCCAGCAAAGCCUGCACAGAACACCAGAUGGAGGGAAUGCUGCCAGCUCUUCCAGCGUGACCCAGAGAGCACCAGCAUUGACGACCGAGUAAUCCUCGCCGGGCUCAAGACGCCAAUCUACCUGUACCAAGCCUUUGGCAUCUACUGGCAAAUGAAGACCUCUCGAGCACUUGGUGGAGGCUUUGUCUGCGACGAGAUGGGACUCGGGAAGACGCUCUCCUUCCUGGCCUACAUGGUUGUCGAGAGACAGCUCGCAAUGCUGCACUGGCAGGUGGCACAUCCGGGCCACACCAAGAACGGCGGGCACACACAUCUGACGGCCGAAGCAGCAGCAUCCAAUCCUACGCUGGCGUGUCCCAGCGCGUCACGGCGAGGCCCCGGAUGGAUCCCCUGCCCUUGUGCUUCGUCCCUAACUGCUCAACUCGUGCCCAAGCCAGGAGUUCGGCUUGCCGUCGUCCCCCCAUCGCUAGUCUCGACGUGGGUUGAGCAGUGGAACACCCACAUUGACGAAUCGAACCAGCUGAUGGCGAUGAAACUUAUCAUCGCGCACGACGCGAGCAACGACAAGCCCAUCGGUGGCGGGUUCGAUCUGCGCGAUGCUCGUCACCGGUCAAACCACAUCCGGGUCCAGGCCGACCACGUCGUCUACGUCGCUGGCGACCGAGCGGACCACACCAAAGAGUUCUUCUCGGAUGGCGCCCGCUUCGCCCAGGAGAGGCUCUUGGUCCUCACCACGACGGAGCACUACUUCAAGCACUAUGCCAAGAAAUUCGAGCGGACGGCGCCUCUGUGGUCGUGGGAGAGGAAAGAAGAGGGGGAGAUACUCCCGGACCAGCCCGUCCCCGGCGUGGUCUACGGCAUCGCAAUGAUCGACGAGUGCCAUGAAGAGUUCCACAAGAACCAAGGUCGAUCGGCGGUCCUCGCGCGUCUGCCGCGUGCUGGGAGGCCGUUCGUGUGGGGAUAUUCCGGCACUCCUCUCACGACGACGCCGAAAUGCCUCGAGGGCGUCUUGUGGGCCAUUGAGCGCCUCUGGCCAAAGAGCCACCGACGGAACGUGAAUCACCUCACGGGCCUGGAGCAGGAUCGCGCACUCGCGCAGUUCUCGUGCCAGAGACUCGGCGCCAUCGCAGAGCAGUUUGAGCGGGACGUCAAGGAGAACAAGGGAUCCCCGAUCCUGUUCAGGGACAUCUACUUGCGUCUCAAGCCGUUCCUCCUCAUGUUCGUGCUCCGCCGGACGGCUGAUACCCCCUGGUUUGGACAGCCCCUGAUCAAGCUCCCGCCGCAUGUGCACAAGGAUAUCCUGCUGGAGCACGAGGUGGAGUUCGACCCCAAGCUCGAGCAGUGGGGCUCGUACGUGGACGAUCAGGUGAAGUCGAAGCUGGCCGAGCUGCAGAGCAACCGGCAAGACAUCGACCGGCGGCUCGCGAAAGAGACGCUGCCGACCAAGUUCAGUUUUAACUCGGAGAUGCGGAUGCGUUUCAGCCAGCGGAUCAUGGCCACCUUUCCCUAUCUGGUGCAGAAUGCGGCCAUCCUGCACCAGAACCACCUGGACUUGACCUACGAAGAGCUGAAAAAGUUCCGGGGGCCGAAUGAGAAGCGGCCCGUCAACCCGUACUGGGUUCACCUGAAGGGGAUCGGCGCGCGGAGUCCAAAGAUGAUGUGGAUCUACCACUUUAUCAAGGAGCUGGACCAGACGACGGACGUGAAUGGGCAGGAGCAGAAGGUGGUGAUCAUGAGCGAGUUUAACCAGGUGGCACUGGUGGUGAAAUUGUGGAUCGAGACGUACGUCAAAGACAAGGGCAAACGCGUCGGCCUGGUCUACGCAGGCAUGCCUCCCCGCGAGCGCAGAUGCAUCCUCGACGCCUUCACCGAUGCCAAAGACGACAAGGGCAACCGCAAGCAGAAGGCCGACUACCAGUUCCUCGUCGGCACCACGCGCAUCAUCGGCGCCGGUCUCCAGCUCACGCGCGCGUGCCACGUGAUCCUGAUGGAGCCCGACUACGAGUUCUACCGCGAGCUGCAGGCCUACGCGCGCGUGCACCGCGUCGGGCAGAAGAACCCCGAGUCGCGCUCGUACCGGCUGCUGGAGUCGGGGAAUCAGGUCGAGAGCAGGAUCCUGCAGCGCCAGGCGGAGCGCGGGGAGUUUCCCGGCAGGCCGGAUGAGGAGGAGGAGGAUAUCCACCGGUAUGGGGAUGUGACGGAGAUGGUGGCGAAGUAUGCCAGCCCGGAGGAAGGGGGUGACGGGGGUGAAGGGGGAGCGGAGGUGGCCGAGGGGGCGGCGGAUGGGGCGGAGGGAGCGGAGGGAGCGGAGGGAGCGGAGGGAGCGGAGGGAGCGGAGGACUUGGAGACCCAGGCGUUUAUGGAUUCGCUCCCGCCAGCAUUGGAGGUUACAUUGCAAGAGUAUAUGAUCAAGGAAGCUGGGCGGCCAGCCGUGGAUGAUCUAUACAGCGGGAAGUAG